AUGCGGGCUAUUGAACGAAUUCAGUCGCGCAGCGGGUCUCACUGGCCCAGAGAGCGUGAGGAGGCAGCUGGGCAGCGGGCACUGGGUGGCGGCCGCGGCGGCGAGCGCAUGGCAAGGUGGCCGGCUCUUGACAUGACUGGAAUUGCAUUUCCUUCCUACAUCAUUUAUGGUCGCAUCAAAGAAUUAGAAGCUUUAGGUCAAUUAUCACCAGAACAGGAAAAUGCUCGCUUUGUACCUCCCACGUGGACUCUGGAGCAGUUGGGCAUUCUGGGGAUCGCCAUGGCGUUCGACUUCUCGCUGUUCCUCGGGUGCGUGCUGCGUAAAUCUGCUACGAGGGCGCGGCGCGCAGUGGUGACGGUGCUGGGCGUGGUGGCCGGCGUGCAGUACUGGGACGCGCUGGAGCUGGUGCGGCUGGAGGAGUACCUGAUGGAGAAGCGGCGGCGCGUGGUGGACGUGGAGCGGCUGCGCAUGGCCGUGGCCGCCACGCUGGUCAAGCGCCACGCGACCGCGCCGCCCGAGGCGAACGGCACCAGCCGCCUCAGCCUGGACGCCACAGCGGACCAGAUUCCAGUAAAGGAGACAAAAUGUAUGAAAAGAUGGUGCGAUGUACGUAAGGCACGACGUCGACAAGAGACUUCACGAGGCCGCGCAGGCAAAUGGCAGGUGAGGCUGCAGGAGGAAGGAGCUUCAGCGUCGGCAGCGGUAGCGGAAAGCGAAAGCCGCAUUUCUUCUGCGUGGUCGCGCAGCUUAGCCGGUGGCGUGUGGGAAGGGCGAAGUCAGUAA